CACAAGACACUUAGUAUUUUCUUUAAAAAAAAGGGGGGGUGGGGACGACUGCUAUUGCGAGUAACAAUAUCAAAGAGUCUAAAGGAGCCAAAAACGAGACAUAAGUGAUACUUAACUAAGUAGGCUCCUUUUCUAAAUUCUUGAGUCUCUCAUUUAAGACAGAAAGAAAGAAAGACAUUUCCAUCAUUUAAAUCACAUGGUUUACGGGGCUGGGGCUCCAAGAACAUCAUGACUUUCAUAACGAGGAGUCAGCAACGAUCCUUGCUGGAGUCACUCAACGCUUCGUUGUCACAUUCCAGUUCCCACACCGCAAACCGAGCACAACAGCAGCAACUUCUCCUGGCAUCCCGAACUCGGGGCAGCCGCUGCAUCGCUCCCGCGGAACAGCAACAACCCCGACCCGCCGCCUCCCGACGCGUUCGGGCUCGACACCCGCUGCCGGGCAGCGCUUCUCAGGUGUGAAGAGCCCCAGGGACGGCGCUGCCCUGCGUGACCACCGCUCGCCCGGCCAGCCCGCGCCCGAGGUGCCGCUUUCGAACCCGCCGCAGCCCGCACCGCCCCGGGCGGGGAUACCCGCUGACCGCUACCCCGGGGAGCGCGGCCCCCGGCCCGUCGCCACCGCGGAGCCCGGCAGUGAGGGAGGGACGGGGGAGGCGGCCGGGGCGGAGUGAGGCAGAGGGCAGGGCCGGGAGGUGCCGCAGCCGCGCUCCAGCUGCCCCGACACCGCCGGAGCGGAGGGUCCCGCCGCCGCGCGCGCCAUGUCCGGCCGCCCCGCGCCCGACGCCGAGCCCGGCCGCCCCCCGCGCGCCGCUGCCAGCAACUUUGAAUCUCCACUGAUGCAUGAAGUCCCAGAGCACCAAGGCAGCAGCACAGACAGUUCGGCAAGCAGCUUGGGAAGCUCUGUCACAGCAUGUAAGAAGAUUCUCUGCAGUAACAGUCUGCUAGAAUCAACAGACUACUGGCUGCAGAACCAGAGGACACCAUGCCAAAUCGGCUUUCUGGAAGACAAGUCAGAAAGCAACUGUGCCUCAGUUUGUUUUGUGAAUUUAGAUGCAAACAGAGAUGAUUGCAGCGAUGAGCAAGUGAAACAGAGGUUGAUCAGCGUCUCUCCAAAUCUCCCCAAACUCAUCAGUUCGAUGAACGUGCAGCCACCAAAGGAAAAUGAAAUAGUCCUCCUGAGCGGAUUAGCAUCAGGAAACCUUCAGGCUGAUUAUGAAGUUCCCCAGUGUCCUUGGCUGGCAGAUGUCUGCCUGGUUCAGUGUGCGAGGGGGGACAGGAAAAACAGCACAAGCUGCAUCAUUUUUGAAAUAAACAAGUUUCUGAUUGGACUUGAGCUUGUUCAGGAGAGACAGCUGCAGAUUGAAGCUCAUGUCUUAAAGCCCGAGGAUGACACAAACUGCUCAGUGUCCUCAAUAGAGGAAGAUUUCCUCACAGCAUCGGAGCACCUCGAGGAUGACAAUGAAGCUGAAGAAUAUAAAACUGGUCAUGAAAAAUUAAGUGUUUCAGAAGCAUCUUCAGAUGUCAAAAAAAAUAAAGGAAAGGGAUUUGAAAAUCUCCACUACAGAAAAGCCAGGUUGCCAUCCAUUCUUGAAGGGAACUGCAUUAAUAAAGAUAAUUCAGCUACUGGAGUCUCUGAAGUGGUGAAUGUUGUGGCUGAAGAGCACAUCUUACAACCUGAAGAUAAGUCAGACCAGGAAAUACUGUGGCAGAAGGCAUUAGCUGGAAGAGCUACUUCAUCCUUUAGCACUACUAAUUUGGCUAGUGAGGUUGAAAAUUCCCACUUAGUGUGCAUGUUAGAAGAUGUAUCUUUAACCAAAAUGGCUAAAGAGGAGCUGGAGCCUCUGCAUGACCCGACAGCGAUACACAACAGUAAGACAGAUGGAGAAAAUUGCGCAGGUAUUGGGAAAACUGAUCCUCCCUUGCAAAAUGAGCGGGCAACUACAGGUCAGUAUGCCACAAAUUUAGCAGAAUCUGUUCUUCAAGAUGCGUUCAUUAGACUGUCACAGUCUCAACCCACUUUUAGUGAGGAGGCAGCAGUCAGCAUCUCCGUAGGAAGCUCCUGUAAGUCAGAUGAUGUAUCUGGCUCCCGAUCUUGGAAUGAACUCCCCAAGAUUGUCAUAGUGCAAAGCCCAGACAGUUCUGAGAAUGUAUCUGACUGGCCAGGGUCUGCCUUCCCCAACCUGUGCCACUGGACUGAAUCAGAAAGUUCUGCUGAAGUUUCAGAUUACUUUGAGGAAGAACAUUCAAACCGACAUGGCCAGAGUGCACUGGAAGUGGCUUUGGCUUGUGCAGCCACUGUUAUCGGAACCAUUUCCAGUCCCCAGGCUGCAGAAAAAUUCAGACGGGAUCAAGAAGCCACAGACUCUAAAAGUGAGGCGGUUGGAAAUGAAGAGCUACACACAGCACCUUCACAGAUAGUUGAUGACUGUGCUGGCACAGAAUAUUCAUUUCCAUCUGCACUGUGUGGCAUGACUCAAGUAGCAAGUGCUGUAGCCGUCUGUGGUCUGGGGGAAACAAAGGAAGAGAAGUACCCUGCAACUUCGAGUGGACUCCUGUCUGCUGCUCAGACUUCUGCAGCUGUUACUCUUCAUUGCAGCAUAGCCAUAGGAAGCAGCAUGGAGAAGCUAAAUGAUAGCAUUGCAGAGACACUUCUCAAAGAGACAUCAACAAUUUUGACAAAACCUAACACAUAUAAAAAUGUAGGGCAUUUUAUGGAAUCCAUAAAUGGAAAAAUUAUUGAAACUGCAGCAAGACCACGGAUUCCAAACAACGAUGAAGUAAUCAGGGAUGAGCUUGCACAAAACUUAUCCAAUAUUAUUCUACGACAUUCUAUUGAAGCGGUUAGGAAGAAGAGACAGUUACACCCCUGUUCAGAAAAUGGCUCAAGUACGCAAGACAUUUUCAUGGACACUGCAAAUGAGUUGCUUUUUAAUAUAAUAUAUUUCACUUGCAAGAAAAUGAAUGACAUUAGACAAGUGGAAGAGUGUUCUCCUCUCUUUUCCGAGGGUACAAAAGCAGAGAAAGUAACAAGAGCAGAAGGAUGGUCAUCACAGGCAACAGCACAUGAAACUUCACGUGGCCCCCUUAAUCACUCUGCUGUUAAGUCAUUUAGUAGCUCUUACAGCACUAGUGAUAGCAAAGAUCCUAGAAAUGCCACAAACAUUAGGAAAAGUAGUAUGAAUGAUGUAAACACCAAGGAAAGUGCCACACUGAGUUCAGAACUCACAAGUAGAGCUGCAGGGCAUAAUGCAAAGACAUCUCCCAAGAAAAGAUAUCUGAAAAGAACUGCACGAGACUGUUGCAAAUCUCCAAAUCAAGGUAACAAUCAUCAUAAGAAGAAAGACUACAGAUCAUUUUCUGACAGAGAAAAUGCCUUUGCAAAUGAUGAAUGCAGGCAUGGCGUUCAAGAACAGCUGUCUUCCAGUGCCACCAUGAACGCAGAAAACCAGGCCAAGCUUAAGCAUGAUGCUGUACUAAAUAAUGAUGUUCAGGUUAGCUUGUCUUUAUUAGGAAAUAAUGUGUUGGUUCCUUCUCAGCCUGUGCUACAGGUGAAACAUUCAAGGGACAAAUAUUGUAUAACAGAUUUUGCAGAAGAAUUGGCAGAAACAGUUGUCUCUAUGGCAACAGAAAUAGCCGCCAUUUGUCUUGAAAAUUCAAAUGGAAAGCAACCAUGGUUCUGUGCAUGGAAGAGAGGCAAUGAAUAUCUGGUGACCCAGAGUUUAUCAUGCAGAACCAUGAAAAGAAAAAAGGAAACCCAUGCUAAUGGUUCAGUUGUUCGGAAGCACAGGGCACCUAGACUUAGUGAGAUCAAAAGGAAAACAGAUGAGCAUCCUGAGCUAAAGGAAAGAUUGAUGAAUCGGGUAGUAGAUGAAUCUAUAAACCUUGAGGACACACCAGAUUCAGUCAAUAUCUUUGCAAAUGAAGUGGCUGCCAAGAUCAUGAACCUCACUGAACUCUCCAUGGCCGACAGCAUCUGGCAAGGUCCAAACCACCCCAGGAACAGGCUGCACUGUGACAGAUGGAGCCGAGCCAAGGCCUCAAGCUGUGAGAGCAUACCAGAGGAGGACUCAGAUUCCAAAGCCCCUUUCAAUACCCUAAGCCUAAUGAACACCUUUGGUCAGUCUGUGAGCCAGACAAGUUCUGUCUCAAAGCAGUCUAGCUGUGAAAGCAUUACAGAUGAAUUUUCAAGAUUUAUGGUGAACCAGAUGGAAAAUGAAGGAAGAGGUUUUGAUUUAUUAUUGGAUUACUAUGCAGGAAAAAAUGCAAACAACAUCUUAACUUCCGCCUUACAACAGGUAGCCAAGAAAAAUGGUCAUCUUAAUGUAAGACCAAGUUGCCCAUCCAAACAGUCCAGCACAGAAAGCAUAACGGAAGAGUUUUAUAGGUAUAUGCUAAGAGAAAUAGAAAAGGAAAAUAAAGAUAAUGCAUCUUCCCCUCGGAAUUCAAAGGACUGGGGCAGCAGUUUGCUACCACCCUCUCUACGAUCACCUUUUUGCUUCAGGCAGUCAUCGAUGCCUGAUAGCAGAUCAUCAGGCUCUAGGCUCACGGUUAACAUCCCAGUUAAGGCAAAUUCAUUAGAUGGAUUUGCCCACCAUCACCAAGAUUCCUUAAGUGUACAGCCAGUCAGUACCGGGGCUUCUUCAGGUCUUUGCAAGUCUGACUCCUGUCUGUACCAAAGAUGCAAGGCUGACCAAAUAACAGAUAUGUUGAUUCACGAGACAUGGGCAAGUUCUAUUGAAUCUCUAAUGCGCAAGAACAAAAUCAUAGCAGACGAGGAAGAGGCUGCAGAGGCAGACCAGUUUCACAGUGAUUCCCCACCACACGUGGAACAAUAUGCAAACAGACUGGCCGCAAAUAUUGUUGAAAGUGGUAAAAAUUUAAUAGUUGUCCAGCAGGAUUCCUUUGAUUACACAAGCCGAGAACACAUCUUGGAAAGUAAACAUCCCCCAAGUGCAACUCCAAUUCAGGUAAAACCCAAAAGGGAUGAAGUAAAUCUGGAUGAGAAAAAAGAGCAUAUGAAGAGCCCUGCAUGCCUCCCCGCAGGUCAGCACAGGGAAGUGCCUUUGAUUCAGAUAGAAACCGAUCAGCGAGAUGAGCCAGAUAAAGACUCAGAGUCUUUCACUUCAUGUGACCCUUCUGGAAUGGAACAUCAAAGCAAAGAAAAGCCUCCAGAAGUUUUUGAUGCAAAGCACACAGUCUCCAGUUCCCUACUAAACAGUCCUCAGAGCAGACCAGAUGCUGAAAUCAUUGGAGAGACAAAAACAGCUGAAGAAUUUCCACACCACCUCAGCAGCAGUGAAGAAAGCACUGGCAGCUGGUCCCAGCUAGCUAAUGAUGAGGACAAUCCUGACGACACAAGUAGCUACUUACAACUCAGCGAGCGAUCCCUGAGCAAUGGCAACAGCAGUACAACUAGCAGUCUUGGCAUUAUGGACCUGGAAAUUUAUCAGGAGAACGUGCCAUCUUCUCCUGUGAUUAAUGAAUUAGUAGAAGAAAAGGUUUUCCUUAAAGAACAGACAGAAAAUACAGAGGAAAGUACUUCUGCACUUUCAGUGGGAACAGCCAAUUGCCAAAAGGACCUACUGGUGAUAAACUUCGAUCUGGAACCAGAGUGCCCCGAUGUGGAACUGCGAGCCACCCUGCAGUGGAUAGCUGCUUCUGAACUUGGAAUUCCAACCAUCUAUUUUAAGAAAUCUCAGGAAAACAGAAUCGAAAAGUUUUUAGAUGUUGUGCAAUUAGUUCAACGGAAGUCCUGGAAGGUGGGGGAUAUCUUCCAUGCCGUGGUGCAGUACUGCAAGCUCAGCGAGGAGGCCAGAGAGAUGGCACCAAGCCUGUUCGACUGGCUUCUCGAAUUGGGUUAAGAAGGUUCACCUGUGCAGCAUUUUUGUUUGAUUCCAGUUUAAGUAAGCAGUGGUUUGUAUAACACUCUGAUUUCUGAACAUCACUGAAUAAAAUGAGCAAAGAUAUACAAAUUCUACAGAAACAGCACAAGUCCAUUCCACAAGUGAACAAGGAGCAAAGUGAAGCCAAGGUGUAUUGUAUAUGUCUGUAUCACGAGAGGCUCCUGACAUAUUGUGCUACAGGAGCUACUGUAGUAGGAGGGGAUGGAUUUAUAGCCUUUUGAAUUAAUGGACUGGACAGUAAAGGCUUAAUUAAGUACUAACUUGUUCCACUUUCAUCCAUUUGAUUAAAUCAUACAUAUAGUUUUAAAACACCAAUAUUUGUGCAAUUUAACUAUUAGAACUAGAGUGUGUUUCAGGAUGCCUAGAGAUACCCAUGUCCCUACAUUCUUUUUUCUUUUUAGUCCCCAUAAUUUGCUAAGGGGUAAAAACUUUUUAACACUUAAGAACUUUGCAGUUAGACAACACUACGAAAAGCUGCUGAAAACGCAUUUUAGUUUCUUUCCAUGUGAUUAUUUCUCUUCCAUGGCCAUUCCCCAUUUCUGCCUUCUCAAGGAAAUAAAAUCUAGACUCUUAGUUAUUACUCUUCCCAAACUCCAUCCUUCUCCCAUGGAGGCAGCGUGGCUCAGCACAGCUGCAGCUCUGCCAGGCAGGGCUCCCGGUUUCCAAGCCCCAUCCCAGCACAGACCUGCGCGGCCUUGGGCGAGUCACUUCACCUCUGUGCCUCAGCGUCCCUGCCUGGUUAGAGGGAGCAAUGGUGGUACAUUUGUUACCUAAAGUGCUUCUGUUCAAAGCACUAUGUAACACACUACAUAUCAGUUAAAAUCAGUGAAAAAAGACAAUACUAUUUUAACUUCAGUUUAAUCAAAUAAGUUGUUAAUAAGGUAAAUAAAUGCAUACCUGAAGAGAGUACCAUCUCAUCAUUAAAAUCUUAAUUUUUGUAACUUACAAGAAAGCAAAAUGAUUAUUAAAAUUUCAACAGACAUAUUUGUUCAUUUUGGAUAUAAGUGUUUGGACUAUAUGUGAUAGUUCAUCUUGCUAUAACAUUUAUAUAACUGUUUGAUAAGAUAUACUAUGGUAUCGUCUUGUUGAGAUGAUCUGUUAGUAUCAUGCACUUAAUUAUACAUUCUCUUGACUUGGCCAAAGAGAUUCAUUUUGAAUUUAAAGGUAAAAAUAACUUAUCACAUCACAGCUCUUCUGCAAUUUGUUUCUUUGAAAAUAUUUCUCUUUCAUCUCUCCCUACGUGAAUAGCAUACUAGAAAACCUGCCUGCUUUUCCCAAUAAAAUAUUUAAGAGAUGUUUUAUUUUCCAUAGCAGUAUAAACUUCUGUAAUAUUUCUUGGAGGAAAAAAAAAAAAAAAAAAAAAAAAAAACAGAAAAAAACCCUACCCUUUUGCACUAAAUAUUUUUGAAAAUUUUAAAGUAGUUUUAAAUAAUUUAUGAAAAAGAGCCAUAUUCUCAAUUUUAUCUUUAAAACCAUUCCUAAACUUGCAUGAUUGCAUCACUCAUUUGUUACGAAAUAAAAAUUAGUGAAUCAAAAUCUAAUGUGGAACGUCAAACAGGAUGACUAAUUCUACAUCUACUCUUCCGUGUACACAAAACAGCGAAGGUCACUUUACUGCCAAGAUAAAGGUCAAUUUAUUGCACACACUGAGCGUGACUGUGCAGCCCCUGAGCCUGUUCAUUUGUAACUCCCACCAACAUGAGUGGCAGCUCUGAAUGCUCAGCAUUUCUGAGGCUGAAAGUUACUAAAAAGCACCAUGUAUAGACUGUUGUUUGAGUGCUUUGUUUGAGCUAAUAAAUGGGAAAGUGUAUUUAUUUUUAAACCAAAUACAGUUAGUUGUCAGUAUACCAUUUUUUGCUGUGAUAGAAUAAAUGUUUACUUAUCCUACAAAGCACAAGUAUCAUGACAGAGGUGUAACAGUGUGAUGCAGUUUCUCUGUACAGUAGUUCUUAAUGUUGCAAUUUAUUCAGAAAUAAAUUUAUGUUAUAAUGUG